GGCAUCACAUCUUUCGGGUUUUCUCGUGUGAAAAUUUGUUCUUUCUUCAUUUACACCCCGACCCAACAGUGGACACCAAACAGUCCUUCGUGUCACUGCAUUCAACAACACCGAGCCUGCAAAAGGCUUCCAGUUCUCUUGUUGUUCUGAUGACCACAGGCCCUUAUGGCGCUUAUUCAUGAACCUCGUGCCCCCUCUCCUUCUCUCUCUGGCUUCAACACACCCCUCUCUGAUCCUCCAUCCUUUCGCCGCCUUGAUGCUGAAACACCCUGCACCCCAGAAAUGGACCUGACCCCGACCCAAUGCGUCCUUCGGAACGUCCUCUCAAUAGACACCGGAGGUGCUGUCGAACCUGGGGGCGGAGGAGGUGAGGGGCAGAGUGCCGGGCACAGUCAGACACCGGGCGAGGAACAACAGGAGCACUUUGCCAACAGUGUCCUGAAGCUCCACGAGCAUGAUGGAAGUCCCGGAAGGACGGAGGGAGAGGGCCAGGAGCUGGACAGCAGUGUGGUCAGGAGCCAGGUGGAUGACGCCAGGCUACAGUGCCAGUCUACAGGAGGAGGAGGGUUUCUGGAGGGGUUAUUUGGAUGUCUGCGGCCUGUCUGGACUAUGAUUGGCAAAGCUUACUCCACGGAGCACAAACACAACCUGGACGAGGCAUGGGAGGUCCCAUUCGAGGAGAUAUCUGAUCUGCAGUGGGUGGGCAGCGGAGCCCAGGGCGCCGUCUUUCUGGGCAAAUUGCACGGACAGGAAGUGGCCGUAAAGAAAGUGCGGAACAUCAAAGAGACAGACAUCAAGCACCUGCGCAAGCUCAAACACCCCAACAUCAUCACUUUCAAGGGUAUUUGUACCCAGGCUCCAUGUUACUGCAUCAUCAUGGAGUACUGUGCCCAAGGACAGCUGUAUGAGGUGCUGAGAGCAGGCAGGCAGAUCCAUCCAUCCCUGCUCAUGGACUGGGCAAUGGGCAUCGCUGGGGGCAUGAACUAUCUUCACCUCCACAAGAUCAUCCACAGAGACCUCAAGUCACCAAACAUGUUGAUCACCUAUGAUGACUCAGUGAAGAUUUCUGAUUUCGGCACGUCCAAAGAGCUCAGCGACAAGAGCACCAAAAUGUCCUUUGCCGGUACGGUGGCAUGGAUGGCUCCAGAGGUCAUACGCAACGAACCCGUCUCAGAGAAGGUGGAUAUUUGGUCAUUCGGCGUCGUGCUGUGGGAGAUGCUGACAGGAGAGGUGCCCUAUAAGGAUGUGGACUCGUCAGCCAUUAUCUGGGGGGUGGGCAACAACAGUCUACAGCUGCCUGUACCUGACAGCUGUCCAGACAGCUUCAAACUGCUCCUGAGGCAAUGCUGGAACUGCAAGCCAAGAAACAGGCCUUCCUUCCGACAGAUUCUCCUGCACCUUGACAUCGCCUCAGCAGAUAUCCUAUCAACUCCACAAGAAACUUACUUUCAGUCUCAGGUGGAGUGGAGGGAUGAGGUAAGGCACCACUUUGAGAAGAUCAAGUCUGAGGGGACGUGUCUUCACAGGCUGGAUGAGGAGCUGAUCAAACGACGCAGAGAAGAACUCAGACAUGCGCUGGACAUCCGGGAGCACUACGAGAGGAAACUGGAGAGAGCCAACAAUCUCUAUAUGGAGCUCAAUGCCAUCAUGCUGCAGCUGGAGAUCAAAGAGAAAGAACUGCUCAAGCGGGAGCAUUCACUGGACAAGAAAUACCCGGGCUGCUUCAAGCACCACAGUUCCAGACAGUCAGCCUCCUCCAACUCGAUGGAGAAACUCAUGAAGAAACGCAAUGUACCUCAGAAACUGCCCUCGUACAGCAAGAGGCCAGACUUACUAAAGUCAGAGGUCAUCCUCCCCAAACUGGACUCUUCCAUGACCCAGGUCACAAUCCCCAACAAGGGCUCUACCUCCCCUGGCCGCUCACGCCGAGGAAAACCCCGCUACAGGAAGGCUGGUAAAGGCAGCAGCGGGGACUUGGCUCAGCUCAAAGCCACUCUCUCCUCUUCUUUAGCAAUGGUCAACGCCACGACAUCUGUUCCCAGCAGCAAGCAGCAUCUAGACCCCAGUGCAGCACUCAGGGGCCUGCAGCAUGAUCUGCUGCUCAAGAAGAUGUACUCCUCGAGCCCGGAUCUCAUUUCAACCACCUUGGAGGCUGAAGGCCGGAGGAAGGGACAGGUCCGGCCAGGGCUGGACAGAGCGGGCAGCCAGAGCGCCUCAGCCGGGCUGGGGGAGAGCAGAAGAACAGAGGGGCCGGAAGAGGGGCAAGAUGUGGGUGUAGGGACUGAUGACCUGGCAGAAACACCUCCACGCAGUGACACGCCCAGCGAGGAUGCAGCUUCUAUUCCGUUCUCCAGCAGCCCUGACUCGCCGUGCGGCAGGGGAGCAGCUGCGGGGAGGGCGUCUGUGCUUGGGAACCCCCGCGUUUCCCACGAGGGUGAGGAGAAGGAGGACGGGACGGUAAUCACGCGUUCACCCAGAAGUCAACGCCUCACACCGGCAGCACUGCUUUACAGGGCAGCAGUGACACGCAGUCAGAGACGUGGAGUGUCUUCAGAGGAAGAGGAAGGAGAAGUGGACAGUGAAGUGGAGUUGCCAAGGAGACGGCGUCCAGUGAGCAUGACCAAGUGCCAGUCCCUGUCCACCUUCAGCUCAGAGAACUUAUCAGUCUCAGACGGUGAGGAGGGAAACACCACUGACCACUCCCACAGUGGCACGCCGGACGUGGUCAGUACCAAUACCGACGAGCGUCUGGACGACAAGAGCGACGACCUACUGUCUCAGGGCUCAGAGAUUCCCGCUGACCCAUCUGACCCAACCCAGCUGGGCUCAGAUGGAUUGUCUGAGAAGGAAGCUAUUCUUCGACACGUCAAGACCCAGCUCGCUAGUAAUGAUCAUAAUUACGAGCAGGGCCUGUAUGAUGACUCUGACUGUGACAGUGCAGAGCUGGACCAUUCAGGAAGUGCGGAACCCAGCCAACAACCAACCAACUGGUGAAAAUCUGACACCUCAACCCACUCAAACACCUGCAGAUGCAGCCUGUGAAUGCCUCUUUCACUCUAACAGACCUUUAGUCAUUCAGGGACAUUGCAGAGAGGCAGCAAAUGAAGGCCUGUCUCUCCUCACAAGCAGGAACACAUAACAAAUCUUUGGUGAGUGUUCUCAAAAAUCUGAUACCCUGGAAGCCCCCCCCCCUUCUUUUUAGAUGAAUGCAUCACAGUGAUGUGAAACUGAAUCGGGGCACUAGCCGAGCUGACAGCCCCCUAUGUUCCCUCCAUAGCAGCUGGCCCAAGAUCAGCUCUGCAGAACACCUCAGUGACAGGGGCCUCAGUUAAAGAGGCCAUCUACUUGACUGUCUAUUAAUGUCUCUUGUCAUCUUCCAUGUCAAUUUGUAUUUUUGUCUCCGUCAUGAAAAAGUGUCAUGUUAUUUCACAUCAUCUCAUAUGAUGGUCAUAAAAUCCUAUCAGGGCUUCUAUUAUAUUUAAUUGUCAUUAUCACUGGGACAGCCACUGAUGUUGCUGCUUGCACUUAAUUUAUGAAAUGUACUAUUUCCACAUGAUCAUUUCCUUGUCAUAUUGCAUUUCUUCUCAAAACAUUAUGCACUGAGUAAUUCAUUAUGUUACAGUGAAUCCAUUGAUAUUCGUAAAAAAAACAAUGUUUACAUUUUUCAUUUGUGGUGUUUACAUUUAUUUAUUCAUAUUUGUGUCAUGGAUUAUGUUUCCAUUUUCUACUCCUGCGUUUUAAUAUCGCUGUAAAUAUGUGAUGUUGUAAAAUGAACAAAUUUUUUAAAUGUGAGAUUGUAUAAUUUAAAGGUGCUGAUGUUUCUAAUUAGGUGGCGCUACUGUAUUUGAACCUCAAAAAGCAUAUGGUAGUAGAAUGUACUGUAGCUGUU